AUGACAUCCUUAAACCACACUACAUCCCACAUUUCUUUCCCCAAAACCACAACCUUCACUAUCAAACCACAAUGCAUAACACUUCAACCACUCAAACCCAACACAAAACAACACUCCUACGAAACCUUAAAAACCACACACAAAAUACCAAACCUUUCAUCAUCAAAAUCAACAUUUUCACCAUUACCAUUUCCAACUACAAAAGUUAACAAAAGAUGGAAAGAAUACCAAGGUAUGACCAAUUGGGAAGGUUUAUUAGACCCAUUAGACAAUAAUCUUCGUUCCGAAAUCCUUCGUUAUGGCCAUUUUGUUGAAGCUGCAUAUAAAUCCUUUGAAUUCGACCCUUCUUCAUCAAACUAUGCCACAAACAAGUUCCCCAAAACCACACUCUUCAAAAAAUGUGGUUUACCCAAAACCGGUUACAAAGUAACAAAACAUUUACAUGCUACCUCAGGAAUUCAACUACCUAGUUGGAUAGACAAAGCACCAUCAUGGGUUGCAACAAAAUCAAGCUACAUUGGUUAUGUAGCUGUUUGUGACAACAAAGAAGAAAUUAAACGGCUUGGUCGAAGAGACGUUGUUAUUGCAUUAAGAGGAACAACUACUUGUUUAGAAUGGCUCGAAAAUCUUCGUGCCACUCUAACCAACAUUAAUCCAUUGGAAUGCGAUAAUUCUUCGCAACAUUCAAUCAACUCCGAUGAAAAUGAUCAACCAAUGGUGGAAAGUGGGUUUUUGAGUCUCUACACUUCAAAAUCAAAUUCUACAAAUAAUGAAGCAAUUCCCUCAUUGCAAGAAAUGGUGAGAAGUGAAAUUGAACGCAUUCUAAAAACAUAUAAAGGUGAAAAUUUGAGUUUUACUAUAACAGGACACAGUUUAGGAGCAGCAUUAGCAAUUUUAACCGCGCAUGAUAUAAAAACAUAUUUUGAUCAGAAACCGUUAGUAACGGUAAUCUCAUUCGGCGGUCCACGUGUUGGUAACAAGAGUUUCCGGUUAAAACUCGAAAAAGAAGGAAUCAAAGUGUUGCGUAUAGUAAACUCAGACGACGUAAUCACGAAAAUGCCAGGGUUUGUUUUAGACGAUAAAGUUGAAGAAAGUGUUUAUGACAUGGAAGGGAAUAACGAUGACAUGGCAUGGUUUUUGCCACGAUGGAUACAAAAGAGAGUGAAGGAAACGCAGUGGGUUUACUCAGAGGUGGGGGAGGAGUUAAGGGUAUGUAGCAGGAAUUCACCAUACUUAAAAGGUGUUAAUAUUGCCACGUGUCAUGAUUUGAAGACAUAUUUGCAUCUUGUUGACGGCUUUGUCAGCUCUGAAUGUCCUUUUAGAUCUACUGCCAGGAGGUUCCUUCAGCUGUAACUUUUUGAAAGAAUAUAAAUUUUGAACAUAGAAAGAUGA